ACAAUUUGAGUUCCAACAAGAAGCACAUAAGAAACAACACAUAAAAGUAAAGCAGAAAAACUGAAAAUUAAGUUUAACGCGACACUAAAAAAGUAAAAACAAACAAAAUGAAAUAUUUCAUUGCAUUCGCUUUGAUUGCGGCCGUCUGUGCUCUUGCGCAGGCCCAAGAGCAAACCUGCCAAGUUGACGUGCAGUCUGCUUGCGGACAAACUACUAACGGUGGUGUCUCCAAUUGUAAUGCACGCUAUGCCGCCAUUGGACAUCUGGAGCCAAAGCUGCAGGACUACAUUCAGCUGCAGCUGAAGAAGUCUUAUGAGUAUCUGCUCUUGGCCACCCACUUCAACUCGUACCAGAUGAACCGACCCGGCUUCCAGAAGCUCUACCAGGGUCUUUCUGAUCGCGGCUUUGACGAUACCAUCGAGCUCAUCAAGCAGGUGACACGCCGCGGCGGCUCCGUCGACUUCAGCAAGGCCCAUGACAAGGGUGUUGCCCAUCCACCAGAGGUGCACCUCAACGAGCUGGAGUCGCUGGCACGUGCCCUGGACAACGAGAAGGAGCUGACCAACGGCGCCAUUCACGUGCACACCAGCGCCACCCACGGCACCACACAGAACCGCGAACACGAUCCCGAGAUGGCCCAUUAUCUGCAGGAGAACUUCCUGGGCAAGCAGGCCGAGUCUGUGCGCAAAUUGUCUGGCUAUGCCAACGACCUGUCCAAGUUGGUCACCGUGCGCGAGCCAUCCCUCUCCGUCUAUCUGUUCGACGAGUAUCUGCAGAAGCAGUAAGCAGUCAUCUGUGCACCGCAACUCCUAAUAGCUGUUAUCAAAAUUCACUCAUCGUUCUGUUCAAAAUACAAUUAAUUUUCUAGUAUUAUAAAGAUUCCAAAAAAUAAACCCCACGCUGCGUUCUGUAAAUUUCAAUUGUCAUCCGAGUUGUGUUAAAUAAAUCGAAGCGCAGCAGCUACAAAAGCAACAAAAACAAAAAAACAAAAACAAAUACGUGAAACAUCUGAUUUACAAUCGCUUAUUAUUUAAUUUGAUUUAUUUUCCAUUUACACACACACACAUACACAACAUGCAUACACAUACACACGCACACACAUAUUUGUGAUAACGUUUAAGUAAGCGUUCGCUUGAACAAAUGUAUCUUUAAAUUAUGUUACCAAGCUAAA